AUGAACGCCCAGAUGCGACGCAUCGACUUGGUCUGCAAGCUAGUUGGACCUUUGUUCAUUGCCCUUCUCGACGGGAUAUCCACACGAACAGCCAUCAUUGUAAAUUUUGGAAUGAACGUUUGUUCCGUGGUCAUUGAAUACUACUCGAUUGCCAAGGUGUACUAUGAAGUGGCAGAACUCCAAGAGCCAAAGAAGAGCGCUGCACCUCUUCACAGGGAGCCUGCGCGGCUAGGCUUCCCUGCGCGUGCGUGGAAUGCGAUACGCCAGAGCGUCAGACACUCACUCAAGGAUUUUGCCCUCUAUUUCAAACAUCAACUUUUCCUUCCGUCUUUGGCCAGCGCUUUACUUUACCUGACAGUGCUCUCGUUUUCUGGACAGAUGGUCACUUGGCUCCUGUCCACAGGGUUCAGUUCGACACAAGUCGCUGUUGCCAGAACAAUAGCCGUAGCUUUUGAAGUGUUAGCCACAUGGCUUGCCCCGUCUCUCAUGGGUAAAAUUGGCCCCAUUCGCGCGGCUUUAUGGCUAGUAAGCUGGCAGAUAUCGUGUUUAGUCGGUGGCUUUGCCGUUUUUUGGAUUUUCGUCAGCCGGCCUUUUGUCUCGGCGUCUGGGCUGGUCGGCGGCACGAUUCUUAGCCGACUGGGUCUUCGGGGAUUCGAUCUCUGUGCACAGAUCCUGGUUCAAGAGGGAAUCGAAGCUGAUGCUCGAGGCUCUUUUUCUUCCACUGAGGCGGCAUGGCAGAAUUUCUUCGAGAUCUGUUCCUACGUCUCCACAAUUAUCUUCGCUCGUCCUGAUCAAUUCGAGUGGCCUGCUUUGAUCAGCAUCGUUGCCGUCACUGUCGCUGGAAUGCUGUACGCGCUAUAUGUGCGUCUUCAGCGUGGACACUUGUUGCAUUUGCCUGGUUGCUUGACCCAUGAGCGUUUCAAUCGAUCGGGACAAGCUGCUUUUAACAGAAUCUCCUCUUUUUCAGAUUUCUGA